GACGUCUCAAACUAAGUACCAAACAUAUCAGAGAAGGAAUGGUCAUCACUGGUUAACACCUCUAUUCUUGGACAUACCAAUCAAUGCAAAUCAAGCCAAACUUUAGGAAGUGUGAGGAUAUAAAAGAUGUGCGUCGUCGUACAAAGAGAUUUCCCCUUGGACUUCGAUUAUACUGCGAUGGUUUUCUUCACGUGCCCUUAUUUCUUGCACUUACAGCUUUAACUGUUGGAUUUGGAGGGAAGAUGACUUUCUACGAUGACAUUUACCCAUUCUACCCGCAACAAAGGACCUCGUUCAUAUUCAACACCAGUCUACUUACUGUCAUCUUGGUAUUCUUGGUACUCGCUGUCAGCUUCCUUCUCAUUCUGCCAGGAAUACGUGGCAAAUCGCGAAUUCUCUGGACGUUUAGGAUACUCACUAGUUUAUUUAUAGGAUUGGUUUUAGUUGCUCUGAACUUCACUAGUGAUUGGGCUGAGGCAAGUUUGAAGGCCAAUACCACAUACAAAUCUUUCAGUAAUGUUGUGGUGAAUGCUGAUGUGGGGCUCCAUGUGGGCCUGUAUGGAAUUAACAUCACACUCAGAGGAGACCCAGUUAUGCAACUCAAUGAGACCAUAGACUACAAUGAAAUGUUCGCAUGGAGCAGUGACAUUGAUGGGGAAUAUGCUGAAGCCCUGGAAAAAGGUCUUCCCAAUCCCAUACUGUACAUUGCUGAAAAGUUCACCUUCCACAACCCCUGUGGCCUCAUCUACCAGUACCGUUACUCAGGCAGAUACGCCUCAGCCACCCUGUGGACGGCUUUUUGCUGCUGGCUGGUGGCCAACAUCCUCUUCUCAAUGCCUGUCAUCCUCUAUGCUGGCUACAUGAUGGCUGCCACAGCCACUUUAAUCUUCAUUUCCAUGGCCUCCUUCUCUACAAUAUACAGCCUUCCACAGUGCCGCUUCACUAUAGGGACAGGGUCCUUUCAGACUGAUUUUAGCCAUUCCUUUUGGCUAGCAUUAGCUACCGGUUUACUGUGUGCAGUGAUUGGCAUAGCAGUGAUACUACUAGACAUUCUGAUCCCAGAAAAGAUGAGGGAAGCAUUCAGUGUAGGGCUGGAUAGUGCCGAUGAGGAUGUUUACUUUGGAGAGGGCUAUCUCAACACCAAUUUCCUGGAAGGAGCAAGUUUGGAUGCUGUGACUGCGAAAGGACCGAGCAAAGAGUCACAGCAGAUCUUCACUUCAACUAAACUUUGAGAAACCAUCAGUUUCACACAAGACCAUCGUUUUCAGUACUUGAAUACCACACAUCCUUCAGAAUGACACUUUUUGCUGGGGG